UGUCACAGUGGAGAAUGGCCAAUUGCUACUGCUUGACACUAAUACCAGCAUCCUCAACUUCCUGCACAUUAAAGGGGGCAGGCUGAUUUUCAUGGCUCCAGGACCCAUUGUUCUCAGGGCCCACUCCAUCCUUGUUUCUGAUGGUGGAGAGCUCCGGAUUGGAUCCGAGGACAAACCCUUCCAAGGCAAAGCUCAGAUCAAACUCUAUGGGAGUUCCCACUCUACCCCCUUCUUUCCAUAUGGAGUCAAGUUCCUGGCUGUGAGGAAUGGAAGUCUUUCUCUGCAUGGUUCACUACCAGAAGUAGUUGUCACCCAUCUUCAAGCAGCUGCCCAGACCCAAGACACGGUACUGACUCUGGAAGAUGCUGUGGACUGGCAACCUGGGGAUGAAGUUGUCAUUAUCAGUGGAACAGGUGUCCAAGGUGCCAAACCAAUUGAAGAGAUUGUCAUUGUGGAAACUGUACACAACACAGACCUCCAUCUCAGGUCACCUUUGAGGUAUUCUCACAACUUCACAGAGAAUUGGGUGGCUGGAAAGCACCAUAUUUUAAAGGCCAUGGUGGCUCUACUCAGCAGGAGUAUUACCAUACAAGGAAAUCUCACUAAUGAGAGGAUGAAGCUUCUUGCUUCAUGCCAGAAGGCCAGUGCUUCAGAAGGUAAUCUGCAACACUGUUUGUAUUCCAAGAGUGAGAAGGUGCUGGGAUCCAGGGAUCUGGGGGCCAAAGUUAUAGUUCAGUCCUUCACAGAGGAACCCAGCCAGGUCCAGUUGAAGGGAGUGCAGUUCCGAGACUUGGGGCAAGCCUUCCAUAAGCAUCUGAGCUCGCUCACUCUGGUGGGAGCAAUGAGAGAUUCCUAUAUACAGGGCUGCACAGUGUGGAGCUCCUUCAGUAGAGGCCUCAGCAUGUACAAGACCUUGGGCCUAAAGGUGGAGAAUAAUGUAUUCUACAAUAUUUUAGGCCAUGCACUGCUGUUGGGGACAUGGAUGGAGACAAGAUAUACUGCUUGGAAGGCUAUUCCUGGAAGAAAAAAUGACUGGUCAGAACAGGGAAAUAUAAUAAAAAACAAUGUGAUCAUUCGUGUUUCUGGUGCUGAGGGACUCUCCAAUCCUGAAAUGUUGACACCGUCUGGAAUCUAUAUCCGAAGUCCCACCAAUGUUAUAGAGGGGAACAGAGUGUGUGCUGCUGGUUAUGGCUACUUUUUCCAUCUUGUGACCAGCCAAGCUUCACAAGCUCCACUUCUCUCCUUCACUCGGAACAUUGCACAUUCUUGUACAAGGUGUGGUCUCUUUGUAUAUCCUAAAUUUCAGCCACCUUGGAAUAAUGCCUCUGGCCCCACUGUCUUCCAAAACUUCACCGUUUGGGGAAGUGCAGGUGGUGCCCAGAUUUUUAGAAGUAGCAAUCUUCACCUGAAGAACUUCCAAAUUCAUUCAUGUAGAGAUUUUGGAAUUGAUGUCUUGGAAAGUGAUGCAAAUACUUCAGUUACUGACAGCUUAUUAGUUGGUCAUUUUGCCCACAAGGGAAGCCUGUGUAUGUCAGCUGGGAUUAAAACUCCCAAAAGGUGGGAACUGAUGGUAUCUAAUACAACCUUUGUUAAUUUCAAUCUCGUCAACUGUGUGGCCAUUAGAACCUGUACGGGCUGUUCCCAAGGACAAGGUGGAUUUACUGUGAAGACCAACCAGUUGAAGUUUACAAACUGCACAAACUUAGUAGAAUUUCCAUUUCCUCAUGCAGCAAUUUUGGAAGACUUGGAUGGGUCUCUGUCUGGGAAAAAUAGAAGUCACAUUCUUGCUUCUAUGGAAAUUCUUUCAGCUUCUUGUUUGGCUAAUGCAAGCUUCGGUCAGAUUAUCCGUGGCAGUGUCUGUGAAGGAGAUGUUCUCUUUCAUCGUAUGUCCAUUGGUUUAGCUAGUGCUCCUGAUGUUUCUUAUGAUUUAACCAUGACUGACAGCAGAAAUAAGACAACCACUGUCAAUUAUGUAUUUGACACAUUGUCUAACCCUCAUGGCUGGAUGGCUCUGCUCUUGGAUCAAGAGACCUACUCAUUGAGAUUUGAGAACCCUUGGAUUAACAGAUCUCUGGAGUACUCAGCAACAUUUGACAACUUUGCUCCUGGGAAUUACCUCCUGCUGGUGCACACAGAUGUGCCGCCUUACCCUGAUAUCCUCAUAAGGUGCAGGAGUCGAGUGGGUCGGCCCCUUCCGUCUCUUCCGUCACCUGGUCAGGACCAAGGCUGUGACUGGUUCUUCAACAGCCAGUUGAGGCAACUCACUUAUCUGGUUUCAGGUAAAGGCCAAGUUCAAGUUAUUCUCCAGGUGAAGGAAGGUGUGCCCCCAACUAUUUCAGCCUCUACCUUUGCACCUGAAUCAGCUUUAAAAUGGUCCCUCCCUGAAACAUGGCAAGGCAUUGAAGAGGGCUGGGGAGGACACAACCAUACCAUUCCAGGCCCUGGGGAUGACGUCCUGAUUUUACCCAAUAGGACCGUCCUUGUGGAUACAGAUCUUCCAUUCCUGAAAGGCCUCUAUGUGAUGGGCACUUUAGAAUUCCCUGUGAACAGAAGCAAUGUUCUGAGUGUGGCAUGCAUGGUCAUUGCAGGCGGGGAGCUGAAAGUCGGUACUUUAGAAAAUCCCUUAGAAAAAGAACAAAAGCUUCUGAUUGUUCUCAGAGCCUCAGAGGAAAUCUUUUGUGACCGUUUCGAUGGACUUCACAUUGACCCAGGAACGAUUGGUAUUUAUGGUAAAGUUCAGCUUCACAGUGCUUAUCCUAAGAAAUCCUGGACACAUCUUGGAGUUGAUAUUGCCUCAGGAAAUGAGAGAAUUAUAGUAGAGGAUGCAGUGGAUUGGCGACCCCAUGACAAAAUCGUCCUUAGUUCCUCUUCUUAUGAGCCUCAUGAAGCAGAGGUCCUCACUGUGAAAGAAGUCAAGGGCCACCACAUUAGAAUCCAUGAACGGCUCAAACACCGGCACAUUGGAAGUGUCCAUGUCAUGGAGGAUGGCCGACAUAUUCGUUUGGCUGCUGAGGUUGGACUAUUGACCAGAAAUAUACAAAUUCAGUCUGACACAUCAUGUAGGGGGAGACUGCUUGUGGGGUCCUUCAGGAAGUCCAGCAGAGAAGAAUUUUCAGGUAUUCUUCAACUUUUAAAUGUGGAAAUUCAGAACUUUGGGUCACCAGUGUAUUCGUCCAUUGAAUUCACCAAUGUGUCAGCAGAAUCCUGGAUAGUAUCUUCUACUCUGCACCAAAGCUGCGGUGGGGGCAUUCAUGCAGUUGCCAGUCAUGGAAUAAUUUUAAAUGACAAUGUAGUAUUUAGCACAGCUGGCCAUGGCAUUGAUUUGGAGGGUCAGGCUUAUUCUCUCACUAAGAACCUCAUGGUUCUGAUGACACAGUCAGUGUGGUCCACUGUUUGGGUGGCAGGAAUCAAAGUGAACCAGGCAAAGGACAUCAGCCUCCAUGGCAAUGUUGUGGCAGGAUCAGAGAGACUCGGCUUUCACAUCCAGGGCCACAGGUGCUCCUCUUCUGAAGUGAUUUGGUCUGACAAUGUGGCCCACUCAAGUCUUCAUGGCCUUCAUCUCUAUAAGGAAAGUGGACUUGACAACUGUACCAGUAUCUCUGGCUUCCUGGCUUUCAAGAAUUUUGACUAUGGUGCCAUGAUACAUGUAAAGAACAGCGUGGAGAUAAAGAACAUUACUCUGGUAGACAAUGCUAUUGGUCUUUUGUCCGUAGUGUAUGUGUCUUCUGCUCCACAGUGCUCCAUUGAAAAUGUGCAGAUUGUGCUUAGAAAUUCAGUCAUUGUAGCUACAAGCUCUUCUUUUGACUGCAUUCAGGACAGAGUGAAGCCUCGCUCAGCCAACUUGACAUCAACAGAUCGAGCUCCUUCCAAUCCAAGAGGGGGUCGAGUUGGUAUUCUGUGGCCUGUAUUCACUUCAGAGACAAAUCGGUGGCCUCGGGAGCCAUGGCACAAAGUAAGAAAUGGCCAUUCAACUUCAGGAAUCAUGAAACUUCAAGAUGUCACCUUUUCUAGUUUUGUGAAGAGUUGUUAUAGCAAUGACCUGGAUGUCUGCAUUCUGCCAAAUGCAGACAACACUGGAAUAGUGCACCCAAUUACAGCAGAGAGGACCAGGAUGCUAAACAUGAAAGAUAGAAACAAGUUCUACUUUCCUCCGUUACAACCCAGAAAAGAUUUAGGAAGAGUGGUCUGUCCUGAAUCAGGUUGUGAAAGUCCAAGAAAAUAUCUUUUCAAGGAUCUGGAUGGGAGAACCCUGGGUCUGCCUCCACCAGUUUCUGUAUUUCCUAAAACUGAGGCAGAAUGGACCAGAUCAUUCUUCAACACAGGUACAUUUAGAGAAGAACAGAAAUGCACAUACCAAUCACUGAUACAAGGCUUCAUCUGCAAAGAAACUGACCAAGUGGUCCUAAUUCUUGAAAAUGCUCAUGCCACUUCGGCGAUCCAGAAGUUAUAUCCAGUUGUAACUGUGACUAGUGGUUUUGUUGACACCUUUAGUAGUGUAAAUGCCAAUACUCCUUGCUCUACCUCUGGGUCUGUGUCUACUUUCUAUUCCAUUUUACCAGCCAGGCAAAUCACCAGGGUAUGCUUUGCGGAUCAGACUCCUCAAGUUCUGCGCUUUUUUCUAUUGGGGAACAAAAGUACCUCCAAGCUUCUCUUGGCUAUAUUCUACCAUGAGCUCCACAGCCCCCAUGUUUUCUUAAGAGAAAGUUUUAUUCCACCCACUCUGGUUCAAUCAACCUCCUUAUUGCUGAAUGAGUCUAUUGGUGCCAACUAUUUUGACAUCAUGAAUAACCUCUUGUAUGUUGUCCUACAAGGAGAGGAAACCAUUGAAAUACGUUCAGGUGUCUCCAUUCAUUUGGCCCUCACUGUUACAUUUUCAGUCCUUUUAGAAAAAGGCUGGGAAAUAGUGAUCCUUGAAAGACUAACUGACUUCUUACAGAUUAGCCAAAACCAAAUAAGAUUUAUUCACAAAAUGCCCGGCAAUGAAGGGACCUUAAAGGCCAUUGCUGACAGUAGAGCAAAAAGAAAGCGCAAUUGCCCAACCGUGACUUGUGCCAGUCAUUACAGAAGAGUUGGUCAACGUAGACCUCUCAUGAUAGAAAUGAGCACAUAUGGGGUUUCACCACCAACCACUAUAAAAACUAUCUCGAAAGUGAUUGUCAUUGAAAUUGGUGAUCUGCCAACAGUAAGGAGCACUGGACUGAUUCCAUCCUUAUCAAGUAACAAAUUAGAGAAUUUGGCUCAUCACGUCAUCACUGCUCAACAGACUGGAGUGCUAGAGAAUGUUCUGAAUAUGACUAUUGGAGCAUUAUUGGUGACUCAGUCAAAGCGAAUCAUUGGCUAUGGAAAUACAAGCAAUUUUCAAACUGGGAACUUGAUAUACAUUCGGCCCUAUGCUCUUUCAGUCCUAGUCCAGCCUUCGGAUGGAGAAGUGGGAAAAGAGCUUCCGGUGCAACCACAACUCGUUUUUCUGGACCAGCAGAAUCAAAGAGUGGAGUCUUUGGGCCCCCCCUCAGAGCCUUGGACUGUUUUAGCUUCCCUGGAAGGGACAUCAGAUUCAGUGCUAAAAGGACGCAUCCAGGCAGAAACUCAAGAUGGUUAUGUGAGCUUCUCCAACUUGGCAGUCUUGAUCUCUGGGUCAAACUGGCACUUUAUUUUUACUGUCACUUCUCCUCCAG